AUGAAUUUGCCUAAUGCGGAUAAAAUAACUAUGGAGAACUUUGCCCUCUUAAGGGUAUUAGGUAAAGGAGCCUAUGGCAAAGUCUAUUUGGUUCGAAAAGUUGGAGGCAAAGACCAUGGAUCCAUGUAUGCUAUGAAAGUGAUUCGUAAAAAUAGGGUAAUCUCUAAAGCUAAAACGUUAGAACAUACACAAGCUGAAAGAAAAGUACUUGAGAAAGUGAAAGGUGUGCCUUUCCUUGUCAACUUGCACUACGCUUUUCAGAGCGAUACAAAGUUACAUAUUGUAAUGGAAUACGUUAGAGGCGGUGAGCUAUUCACCCAUCUUUGUAAUCGGGGGUCCUUUGAUAUUAAAACAGCCAAAUUCUUUAUUGCCGAACUCAUUGUUGCCAUUGAUAGUUUACAUCAGAGAAAAGUUAUUUAUCGUGAUUUAAAAUUAGAAAAUAUUCUGUUGGAUGAAGAAGGUCACAUCAAGUUGACCGAUUUUGGGCUUAGCAAGCUUCUUGAUCCUGAUGAGCUGGACAGAGCUAACUCCUACUGUGGAACAGUGGAAUAUAUGUCUCCGGAAGUUGUAGAUAGACCGCUAGAUGGCUACACUGACAUAGUUGAUUGGUGGUCAAUGGGAGUGAUAGCUUUUGAACUCAUUACGGGUUGUAGUCCUUUCACAGUUGAUGGGGGCAACAACUCCAGCAAAGACAUUGCAAGGAGAAUUCUAACAAAGAAAGUACCCUUCCCUCGUGAUAUUAAUCCUGAUGCCAAAGAUUUCAUUAGCAAAUUGUUAGACAAACGUCUACAAACCCGUCUAGGCUAUAAUGGCGUGCACGAAAUCAUGAACCAUCCAUUUUUGGCCGACAUUGACUGGGAGAAGGCUGGCCAUCGUGAAUUGAAGCCAGAAAUAGUUCCACUGGUUACUGAUUCGAUGGACGUUCAAAACUUCGCACAAGAGUUCACUAACCAAGCCCCUGUAUACUCACCAGCAGAGUCUCCAUUGAGUGGGAAUGGAUUAUUCCGAGGUUAUUCCUAUGUAACUCCAUCGGUCUAUUUUGACAACAAUAACAUCAUUGGCGAAGAAUUGCUCUCUGAAAACAUCCAAGGUUUUCUCAAAGAUUCCUCUUUUUUCCAAAAGUAUCGAUUGGAUCCUUCCGAGAAGGGCAUGCUCGGCAAAGGAUCUUUCUCAGUCUGCAGACGGUGUGAACGUAAAGAAGAUGGUGCACCCUUUGCGGUGAAAAUAGUGUCCACUAGAUUCGGAUUCCAAGCCCAACGUGAAUCUAGCAUCCUAGAAUUAGUUAAAGGACACCCAAAUAUAGUUCGCUUGAUAGAAGUACACUCUGAUCAACACCAUUACUAUAUUGUAUUGGAGCUGCUGGAAGGUCAAGAGCUUCUUGCUCGGCUACGCCGAAUGGCCAAGUUCACUGAAGCUGAGGCUGCUCAGAUCAUGAAACAGCUGGUGUCGGCUGUUAGUUAUUUGCACGAGAAACGCAUUGUUCAUCGAGAUUUGAAGCCUGAAAAUAUUCUGUUCGAAUCAGAUGCAGUAGAUGCCCGUUUACGUCUUGUUGAUUUCGGGUUUGCCCGUCAACUCCCGAACGCGAUAGACCAGCAGCUGAAGUCAGUAUAUCGGAAAAUGACUCCAUGCUUCACUCUUCAAUAUGCAGCACCUGAAGUACUUGAUGUUGGUGAUACUUUACCUGAGUAUAAUGAGCAAUGUGAUCUUUGGUCUUUGGGUGUCAUCUUGUUCACAAUGCUUUCGGGGCAAGUACCUUUCCGAGCACGAUCCCGUACUGAAUCUGCAACAGAUAUUAUUCAACGAAUCAGACAAGCCGAAUUUUCCUUCGAUAAUGAUGCAUGGUCCACUGUGAGCUCUGACGCUAAAGAACUCAUCAUUGGACUACUGACAGUCGACCCCAACAAACGGUUAUCCAUGAGUCAACUGAAGAAGCAUUCUUGGCUACAUUCAAACUAUACCAUGCAGCUUGGAACUCCUCUCAUGACACCGAACCGCCUUCCAGAAUCUGCUGGUGAAGCGUUCAAUGAAACAUUACAAGCUUUCCUCAAUGCUAACCGUGAAGGAUUCCAUUUACUUGACGUAGAAGCUGCGCCUCUUCUCCAGAAACGUCGUGGACUGAAAAGACAAGGUGGUGAGAAAGAUACAGCGCAUAAUAACAAAAGAACACCAGCAUUGGGUCCUGUUCCAGAAGAGACCCAGAGGCCUACCGUCUUAGGCAUGUCUUCGCCUGAUGCAAUGAUGAACUAUCGCUGUCCACAGCCUGGUACUAUCCGUGAAACUCGUGGAUCUGAUUCUUCAUGA